AUGCAGCUCGAGGAAGGCCUACGCAAGCCCAAGGAGCAGCACGACGACUCGUCGGACGAGGGCAAGGACCGGCACUCGGCCGCACCUCGCAGCAACAGCGGAUGGGGAUCAGCGUUUCAUGGUGCCACCAGUUAUGAGCACUGGGUGAAGCUCAUCGCACUGGGGUCGCUGGGUGUCUGGAUGAUUUUUGUUCUCUUCUUCUGGCACACCGGCGUCGCUCCUGCGCCAGUUUCGAAGCAGGCAGCGGCAAAACUGAAGAAUAUCAAUGCAGAACCCUCGAUUCUUGAUGGAUUCCCCGAGGAGACCAAUUUUAUUGUGUUCGGAGACUUUGGCACGGGCGAUGAGAACCAACGCAGAGUGGCUAUAGCGCUCCAGAACUUUACGGCCACAAUGGUCCCAUCCCCGGCGUUUCUACUAUCGACUGGAGAUCAGAUUUACGAGCAUGGAAUUGAAUCGGUGAACGAUCCUUUGCUGUCGCCACGCUUCGAGAAGAUGUACACGAGUCCCAAGUUACAGAUACCGUGGUAUGUCACGAUUGGAAACCAUGACUGCGAAGGCUCAAUCGACGCAAUGCUUCGAUAUGCCGACAAGAAGGAUUCGCUGUGGUAUAUGCCUCGUCGAUAUUACUCAAUCGAUCGUCCUGUGGCACCAAAGACGAUUUUGCGCCUUGUCGUCGUUGAUGCAUGUGAUUUGGUCUGUGGUCGCGAGCCUCGUGACUUCCGCUGCACUGACAGGAUGAUCAAACAGUCCUCGGUGAAGACGAGGCAGUCGCAGUACGAGUGGAUCGAACAAACGCUGAGUGCUAGUAAACCGUCAGGUGUGGAGCAAAUGUGGACAGUCGUCAUGGGCCAUUGGGGCGUGUACAGCUUCGCCGGUAACGCAGAUACGCCCGAGCUGAUUGGCAUGUUGGACCCCAUGCUGAAGAAGUACAAGGUGCACGCGUACUUCAAUGGACACGACCACUCCAUGCAGCACGUCCGGAAAGUGGACAAUGAUGGCUCGGUCCGCAACUACUUCGUAUCUGGGUGCUGGCGGCUAUCGAAUCCACACGCUGCAACCUAA